ACCUUAGAACAGAGCCAAAGUUUAUUGUGUUUUUCACACAGUUGUUGACUCUCUUUCAAUUCUGCCGUGAAUGCAAAUGUGAGAACACACUGGUUGAAGUAAAUGCACAUGGAACAAUGGCUGAGGUUACUACAAUAUGUGUCAACCCUGGAUGUGGAAAAAGAACAACAUGGUUUAGUCAACCUAAUUUUCCUGGAACAAAAAUUGCAGCUGGUAACUUGUUGCUUAGUUUUGGAAUUCUUGUCGUCGGUACAUCAGCAACUAAAGUUUUCCGAGUGCUUCAGCACAUGGGAAUGACAUGCGUUUCACUAACAACUUUCUUCAAAUAUCAACGAGAAAAAUUGUUCCCAUCAAUUUAUUUGCACUGGAAAAGGUACCAAGCUGGAUUAGUUGAGAAAUUGAAAAAACAUGGGGAAUUGGUGAUUGCUGGGGAUGGGCGACAUGACAGUAUGGGUCACAGUGCCAAGUACUGUGCCUAUACCGUAUUUUGUUGCACCAUUCCAUUCAUAAUUGAUUUUGUCUUAGUACAGAGAAAUGAAGUUGGCAGCAGCCCAGCUAUGGAAUAUGCUGGUUUUUGCAGAAGUAUGGAGUAUCUGCUUGGUUUGGGUUUGGUGAUUCAGACAUUUGUUUCUGACAGGCAUUCCACCAUUGCAAAACAUAUGAGGGAAAAGUUGUCAAACAUCACUCAUUACUUUGAUAUUUGGCAUCUCAAGAAAAAAGUUACUAAGGUGCUAACAAAAGUUGCAAAAGUGAGUGGAUGCGAAGCAAUAAGCGAGUGGAUAAAACCUUGCACAAACCACCUGUACUGGAGUGCAAAAACAACACAUGAUGGAAAUGGUGAUGUUAUUUGGGCAAAAUUCUCAUCAUUUUUAAGUCAUGUGGUCAACAAACAUGAGAAUCUGGACAAUCCAGUGUUCAACAAAUGUGGCCAUAAAGAUAUCAUUCAGCCACGCAAGUGGUUAGACAAAGAUUCCAUUGCAUAUGAGAAAAUGUGCUCAACCCUCUCAAAUAAAAGAUUAAAAAAAGGAAUAAUGAAAGCUUCCCCUAUUGAACAAACUAGCUGCCUAGAGGGAUUUCAUUCUGUAUUGAAUCAAUUUUCCCCCAAGAUGAUUGGUUACUCUUACAGGGGAAUGUUUUGCAGACAUGUGAUUGCAGUUAUUCAUUUCAACAAAAAUCUUUCCCGGGAAAAAAGAACAAAGAAUGGCAUUGAGCAAUAUAGUGUGAUUUACCCAAAAUUCAUGAAUGGAGAAGCAGUUGUCAGAAAAGUUUCUGUGAAGCAAAACUUUGAUUAUGUAGAUGAUAUGUAUGAAACCAUGCUAGAGGCAAUUGGAACAGAAGAACUGAAGGAUGCAAUUGAUGAAUUGAUUGAGAAAACACCACCUCCCAUGAAUACAAUGCUCAACAAACAACCACGAGAAGAGGCGAUUGAAAAGAGAAAGAAAAGGGAUAAAAUGCAGCUUGUGGAUAUUCCACCAACAAACCCAGGUGUGUGA